CGGGAGCGGCGGCAGCUCCGCCCCGCCGCCAUGUUCGCGGCGCCGCUGCGCCUGGCUCGCAGGUUCACGUUUCUAACAGGGACCGUGACCAUGGCCACAGGGGGGACAACCCUCCCUCCCAGCAUCCCUCGUCACACCAACCGCCUGAUUAACGAGAAGUCCCCGUACCUCCUGCAGCACGCUCACAACCCCGUGGAUUGGUACCCUUGGGGUCAGGAAGCCUUUGAUAAAGCAAAGCAAGAAAACAAGCUGAUAUUCCUGUCAGUCGGUUACUCCACCUGCCACUGGUGCCAUGUGAUGGAGGAGGAGUCCUUCAAGAACGAGGAGAUUGGGGAGAUUAUGAACAAGAACUUUGUGUGCAUCAAAGUGGAUCGUGAGGAGCGGCCAGAUGUGGACAAGGUGUACAUGACCUUCGUGCAGGCAACCAGUGGUGGAGGUGGCUGGCCGAUGAGCGUCUGGCUGACUCCAGACCUCAAGCCCUUUGUAGGAGGAACGUACUUUCCUCCUGAGGAUGGAGUUCAUCGCGUUGGCUUUCGGACUGUGCUGCUCCGAAUCGCAGAGCAGUGGAAGGAGAACAAAGAUGCCCUGUUGCAGAACAGCCAAAAGAUCCUGGAAGCAUUGCUACGUACUACUGAGAUCCGUGUGCGAGGCCAGGAGUCACCCCCACCAUCCGAAAUGGUGAUGGCCACUUGUUUCCAGCAGCUCUCCGACUCCUAUGAUGAGGAAUACGGCGGCUUUUCCGAAUCCCCCAAGUUCCCCACCCCAGUGAAUUUGAAUUUCCUCUUCACGUACUGGGCCCUGCACCGAACAACUCCACAAGGAGCCCGGGCUCUGCAGAUGGCUCUGCAUACACUCAAGAUGAUGGCCCAUGGGGGCAUCCAUGACCACGUCGGUCAGGGGUUUCAUCGCUACUCCACUGACCGGCACUGGCACGUCCCUCACUUUGAGAAGAUGCUGUAUGACCAGGGGCAGUUGGCAGCUACGUAUAGCAGAGCAUUUCAGAUCUCUGGUGAUGAAUUCUUUGCCAAUGUUGCCCAAGACAUUCUGCUCUAUGUCUCACGGGACCUGAGUGACCAGGCAGGAGGUUUCUACAGCGCAGAAGAUGCAGAUUCUCACCCGACCACCGAAUCCAGAGAGAAGCGAGAAGGAGCCUUCUGUGUUUGGACAGCUGAGGAAAUACGGGCUCUCCUUCCUGACCCUGUCGAGGGGGCCACAGAGGGGACAACCCUGGGAGAUGUCUUCAUGCACCACUAUGGAGUGAAGGAGACCGGCAACGUGGACCCCAUGAAGGACCCCCACCAGGAGCUGAAGGGCAAGAACGUCCUUAUUGUGCGGGGCUCCCCAGAGCUGACGGCGUCCCGGUUCGGGCUGGAGCCGCAGCGGCUGGGUGCAGCGCUGCAGGAGGGCCGGCAGAGGCUGGCCGCUGCCCGGGCACAGCGCCCGCGGCCGCACUUGGACACCAAGAUGCUGGCGGCGUGGAACGGGCUGAUGAUCUCGGGCUUUGCCCAGGCUGGGGCAGCCCUGGCCAGGCAGGAGUACGUGAGCCGGGCUGCGCAGGCAGCCGCCUUCCUGCAGAGACACCUUUUCGACCCCACCAGCGGGAGGCUGCUGCGGAGCUGCUACCGCGGCAAGGACAACGCGGUGGAGCAGAGUGCCGUGCCCAUCCAGGGCUUCCUGGAGGAUUAUGUCUUCGUCAUCCAGGCUCUGUUUGACCUGUAUGAAGCCUCACUGGAUCAGGGCUGGCUGGAGUGGGCCCUGCAGCUCCAGCACAUGCAAGACAAGCUCUUCUGGGACCCCAAAGGCUUUGCAUAUUUCUCCAGCGAGGCUGGUGAUCCCUCCCUGCUCCUGCGCCUGAAGGAUGACCAAGAUGGAGCAGAGCCCACCGCCAACUCUGUCACUGUCACAAACCUGCUCCGAGCAGCUUGUUACUCUGGCCAUACAGACUGGGUGGAAAAAGCCAGGCAGAUCUUGGCUGCCUACUCAGAGAGGCUGCAGAAGAUCCCAAUAAUCCUGCCAGAGAUGGCCCGGGCCACCGCUGUCUUCCAUCACACUGUCAAACAGGUCGUUAUCUGUGGGGACCCACAAGGAGAAGACACCAAAGAGAUGCUGCGCUGCGUCCACUCCGUCUUCAGCCCAACCAAGCUGCAGAGCGCUAGCCUGUGCUCGCCUUCAUCCUGGCCCCGCAAGAGGACCUUAGGGAGCUUGUGAGAAACAUGAAUAAUGAAUUUCAGAUUGGACAUGAAUUGGUAAUUAAUCACUCCUGGAAUUAAUUCCAGACAAAAGAGAGUGGGGAGGAGGUUGGGGGAAGAACAAGAGGGGCAGGCAGGGAGACAGGCUGAGCCAGCGCUGCAUCAAGGCAGGGGCUGAGCAGUGAUGAGGGGUGAUGGGGACAGGAUGCCUGUAGCAGCCAUUAUCCAGGGCAAGGGCUUGGGGACAUGGGGACCCCCUGGGGCAGCCCUUGCCAGGCCUGGGUGAGGCUGCACGGUGUUCCUGCUGGGAGUCAUGCCUGCUGAGUGUCAUUCCUGGCUUUGUGUUUGCUCGUGGUCCAGUGGCAGAGGAUGCCGCAUGCUGGGGUGGGAGAUGUGUGUGCUGGGGGUGGCAAUGCUUGGUGUCAGCAUCCCUCAGUGGCAGCAUUCCUUGGUGGCAGCAGCAUGAACAUGUGGCAAGUGUGUCAGUGCUCAGUGGGCACUGCAGUGGGUGCAUAUGGUAGGGCUGGGGCAGAUGAGGGAGAACCAUGUACUCCAACAGUGGGAUGCUGCCACCGUGCCUUGGACCUUGGGAAGGGCCGGUGUUUUGCUCACCCUUUGCAUCUGUGUGGGCACCAGGCUCCCGGCCAGCUCCUGGCCCUUUCCCUGAUGAGCCCACAAGCCCUGAGGCUUUAACAAACAUUUUCACUUUCAGAAAAGCUAAUUAUCACGGCAGCCCUGUCGUCACCCUGGCUGGUGCUGCUGUAUCAGCCAGGAGAGCCCCCAGCCCACUGCUUGCCUGUGUCUGAGCUUCUUGGGAAGCAGCUGAAGGGCUGCAGGGUGAGAUGGGGUGGUGCUGAUGCUCGGGUUGGGGCUGCCCCUGGGUUGGGUGGGUGUCCCUGUGGAGCUGGCUGGCUCUGGGUCACUGUGUGUUGGUUCCUGUGCUUCAUCCCUGCCAGAAAAGGGAGGCAAAGCUGCCGGGGACGAUGUGGGCCAUACGCUCCCUCCAGUGCAGGUGUGAUGGGGAUGUGGCCACUGUG